AGAACAUCGAGCAGCAGUAGCACAUCUGAGGAACCAAAAAAAGGGGGAUUUCCACACUGACUUUUGUUUCAUUUCUCUACUGGAUCACAGCCUUUACGGAGCCGACUGACAGAGCAGAAGCGCCUUGAACUUCCAUCGUUUUCCUUGGUCAACGUUUGUGCUUUUUCCCCGCUUCACGCUCGUCCACUCUGCUCGGAUUGAUAGGCGCUGGCUAAUCUUUUCCCGCAAACAUGCUCAACAACAUGGAUUUGAACUCUCAGGACUCUUUCUACCCUCAGUUUGAGAGUUGUAACACCCCUGCCAUGGCCAUGGAAACUCACGGAGCCAAAGAGGAGCGGGAUCUCGUCUUCAUGGACGCAGCACACUUUCCACACGCAGACACCUCCGUGACCCCUAAAACCGAGCCCGUCUCGGCGGACCUCUACUCGCCGUGCUUGGGCCCCAGAGGGAGCUUCGACUCCUCGCUGUCCUACUCGGGCAGCUUCUACGUGGAGGCGUCGCGCGGAGCCUCGUGCAGCGCGGAGACUCUGCUCAGCAUGAUCAGCGAGAUCGUCGGCGGCGUCUCCACGAGCCCGAGCGCGGACGCGCGGGGAAGCGCCAGCACGAGCGCCACCCCGCCUCCUCUCUACCCCCCAGUGGGGGGGCAGCAGCAGCAGCAGCAGCAGCAGGGCCAGGGCUACGCGGACUCCGUCCCCCUGGCCGAGGCCGCCGCGCUGCCCGUGCUGGUGGUGAAGCGCGAGCUGGAGAGCGAAGGAUACGAGUGGAGCACGAGCGAGUACGAGAACAACAGCAGCAGCACCAGCAGCGCCAACAACGCCGGCAGCGCCAGCAACAGCGGCUACUACUGCUACUUCCAGCCGGAGCCCUUCCAGCACGCGGACGUGAAGGACCUGCUGGACUCGUUCGGCACAGUCAACCCGGACGCGGACUUCAAACCGGCGGAGAGCGCCGUCAAGCACGAGCAGGACUUCGCGAGCGCGUGCGCGCACGCUUUCGGCGCGUAUGGCGCCGACGAGGACAACAACAACAACAGCAACAACAACAACAGCAGCAGCUACGUGACCUCCUCCUCUUCCUCCUCCUCUUCCUCCUCGUCUUUAUCCUCCUCUUCCUCAUCCUCCACCAUCGACUCGCUCCUCUUCUCCUCCUUGCUGCCCGAGUCUUUUGCGCAGACGUACGCCGCGCGCCCGCAAAAGCCCGCACGUGUGCGCAAGAGCGGCGCAGGCGGCGGUGGUUCCGGCGCGCCUCCGCGCGCCAAGGAGAAGCCCUUCGCGUGCCCCAUGAGCGGCUGCGAGCGGCGCUUCUCGCGCUCGGACGAGCUGAACCGGCACGUGCGCAUCCACACAGGCCACCGGCCCUUCCGGUGCCGCGUGUGCGCGCGCAGCUUCAGCCGCAGCGACCACCUGACCACGCACACCCGCACGCACACUGGAGAGAAGCCCUUCUCGUGCGACGCGUGCGGCAAGCGGUUCGCGCGCAGCGACGAGAGGAAGCGGCACGCGCGCGUGCACCUCAAGCAGCGCGAGAAGGAGCUCGAGCGGCAGCAGGCGGCCGGAGCGGCGGCGGCGGCGGCGGCUGCGGCUGCGGCCGCGGCCGCGGCGGCAGGGGGGUGGCCUUUUCCCAGCACGCGGGGUGGUCUUCUGAGUUAAACAACAAACAAGCGAAGGCACGAACAAACAAACACAAAAAGGCCAUCACGAGCUUUUGAGGCCCUAAUGAGCUUUUGUAUAUGAGAGAGAGAGAGAGAGAGAGAGAUAAAGAGAGAGAGAGAGAGAGAGAGAGAGAGGAAGAUAAAGAGAGUGAAGGUAUGCAAGAAGUUCAGGCUUGAAAGACUUUUAAGCUUUUCUGUAAAAUUAUUAAGAAAUUCCAGCUGGGUUCCAGCUUUCUGUGCUUGGACCCCUAAUUAAAAGCUAUUUGAUCACAGGUCACUCUCGGUUCGAGCAUCAGAAUAGAGGGAGAGGACGUUUGGUCCCCCACAAAGCAAAGCAGAGAACUUUAAAUGGACCCCUCAUCUGCUUCUUCCCUCAUGCCGCUUGCUCUCUGUGCAGCAAACCGCAGAAAAAAACUGAUCUUUUGAGGUUUAGUUUUGGUUUGUUUUGUAUUUUUUUUUUCCUGUUGUCCAGUUGUUCGGUUCUGACCUGCAGUUCAGCACCUCUUGCUGGACAGCUCCUCCGACCUCAACUCCUGAAUGUAUUGCACUUAAUCUCCUCCAACUAAGAGUCUUUUAUGAAAUUUGUGCUUUUGGAGUCUUUUUAUAUAUCUCUAUAUCUAUAUUCCCAUGUGGACCACCUGUUUGAUAACCCUUUGAAAAUGCAUGUUUAUGUUGAUGUGUGAUGUUAUUGAUUAAUAUCUGAUGACGCCUCGCUGCAGAAGCGAGGCAAGUUUUACCUCGUCUGACAUCAUGGUGGUGGCAAACUCUACCUUGGCUACACCACGACUUGUGGUUCACUUGCGCCAAGGCCUUUUUUUUUUCUUUCUAAAGAUAUAAUGCUAUUUCUUUUGACGUGUUUAUUUUUUAUUCUUUUUUUUUGGUUGCUAUGCUAUUGAAUGGUAAUUGUGUUGUUUGACAAGGAAUUUAUUCUCUAAUUGUCAGAUUUACACCGUAAGUGGACAAAAAAAUGAUAAUAAAUAUAUUUAUAUGCCUAUCAUCAUUUGUAUUUUUCUAAACGUUUGCCUAUAUUUCCAUGGUUGCUGAUUUGGAUAUUGGAAAACAAACAAAAAAGUUUUAUUUAUGAACUCACAGUGUUUCCUCUGUGUGAUAAAGGAAGAGGCAGAGCUCAGUGAGAGAUGGGAUGGACGUAAUGGACUCCCCGAGUCCGCAUGUAAGGGUGAAAGGCUUGAGUGUUUUCAGUACGACGCCGCUUGCCGUCUGACACGGCCGCGGAAGGUCAGACAACAGGCACUUGGACACAACGACUUGUCACUGUCGGACAGUUAUCGCUUUCAACCCCACUACAUGUGUGUAUAUAAAUCAAUGAACUAUGAAUCACGCGGCUCUUGUAGUUUGUAACGUGAUGAGGCAGGACUAGAAUAGCACAAGGCUAAACGUUGCUGUUGAGUAACUAGGUAGCACACAUUGCUGCAUUUUUUUUUUCCCAGUAGUUCUUCUUUUACAUGAAGGUACAACAAUCUUACGACAGUUAUAUCGCAAUUGUAUUGUACUGGGCAAAUGGGUUUGUUGGAGAAAUGGUGAUUUGGGGGGGAGAGGGCUGUUCAUGGGAAACUUGCCUUAAGUUAUUUUUAAUCUCUUCCUAUGCUGGGAGAAUGAUUUUGUACAUACCGAGACAGUUUAUACAGAAAUACUUUGAAUGAACAUUGAUGUUUGUUAUUUUUAUGACUGAUGUUUAUGAAUAAAACUAUUUCCUGAGUCUUUUAAA